UCCAAAGGCAAACUAAUAACGGAUAAGCAGCGGGAGAGCUCGAAAGAAGAUAAGCUCUCCACCACAAAAAACAAAUCUUAGAAGACCAGAGGACAAGAGACUCUCUUGUUCUCUCGACACCUUUCUCACACACAACAGCAAUGGCUUCUUUACAAAACUCACCCUCAGUUCAUCAUACAUUAUCUCCAUAUUCUCUCCCUCAGGUCGGAGGAGCACAAAAGAAUCAUGGAAUGUUGUCUUUCUGUAGAAGAGGCCUUUCUUUUCUUGUUAGGGCCGAGCAAUCAUCACCAAAUUCAACUUCUCUUUCUCAAGUUAGAUUUGGGAGACGUGAAUUGAUAGCAGUGAGUGUCAUUGCUCCUUGGGUAUCCAUGGUUAACCAAACUUCUCCAUCAUUUGCUGCAGAAACUAAAAAGGGAUUUCUUUUAGUCACGGACAAGAAGGAUGGAUACUCAUUUCUCUACCCAUUUGGGUGGCAGGAAGUUGUCAUCGAAGGACAGGAUAAGGUCUUCAAAGAUGUCAUCGAGCCAUUAGAAAGUAUCAGUGUGAAUGUGAUCCCCACUGUCAAACAAGAUAUUCGAGACUUUGGACCUCCACAACAGGUUGCUGAAACAUUGAUAAAAAAGGUUUUGGCCCCUCCUUCACAGAAAACAAAACUAAUUGAGGCAAAAGAGCACGGUGCUGAUGGGAAAAUUUAUUACACAUUUGAGUUCGUUGCUCAGGCACCAAAUUUUACGCGCCAUGCUCUUAGUGCAAUCGCUAUUGGCAAUGGUAAAUUCUACACUUUGACAACGGGAGCCAAUGAACGAAGGUGGGAGAAGAUGAAGGAUAAAUUGCAGACGGUCAUUGAUUCCUUCGAAAUUUUCAAUGUUUGAUGUCGUUGUUCAGUUUUCACUUUUCACUUUUCCUGCUUAGGAACAACCCUCUCUUAAGAGUUGUACGAGGCACGUUUCUUAUCAUCAUGUAUUCCUCCCCAUUUCCCUUCUUUCUUCUUUCUUCUCCUUUUCCCUUUUCUGUUGUAGAGGAACCCCCCAUUUCCCUUCUUUCUUCUCGUUCACCCUUUCCUGUUGUAGAGGAACAUCUGAUAUACGAAGUUCUAUGGGUCUUGAUCUGAAAAUAAA